GAGAAGUGCUCCUGACCCGGGAAGAGGCUCAGCACAGAAGGAGGAAGGACAGCACAGCUGACAGCCGUGCCCAGAAAGUUUCUGGAUCCCAGGCUCAUCUCCAGAGAGAACAAGCAGGCAGCACAGGCCAUGGGGCCCCUCUCAGCCCCUCCCUGCACACUGCACAUCACCUGGAAGGAGCUUCUACUCACAGCAUCACUUUUAAUCUUCUGGAACCCACCCACCACUGCUCAAGUCAGAAUUGAAGCACAGCCAACCAAAGUUUCCGAGGGGAAGGAUGUUCUUCUACUUGUCCACAAUUUGCCCCAGAAUCUUACUGGCUACAUCUGGUACAAAGGGCAAAAAACGGACCUCCACCUUUACAUUACAUCAUAUGUAAAAGACACUGAAACAGUUAUAGCUGGGCCUGCAUACAGUGGACGAGAAACAAUAUAUUCCAAUGCAUCCCUGCUGAUCCAGAAUGUCACCCAGAAGGACACAGGAUCCUACACCAUAGAAAUCACAAAGCGAGGUGAUAGGACUGAAGGAGAAACUGGACAUUUCACCUUAUAUCUGGAGACUCCCAAGCCCUACAUCUCCAGCAGCAACUUAAGCCCCAGGGAGGCCGUGGAGACUGUCAUCUUAUCCUGUGAUCCUCACACUCGGGACGUAAGCUACCUGUGGUGGAUAAACGGUCAGAGCCUCCCUAUCAGUCACAAGUUGCACCUGUCCAAAAACAACAGGACCCUCAUUAUAUUUGGUGUUACAAACGAUACUGCAGGACCCUAUGAAUGUGAAAUGAAGAACCCAGUGAGUUCCAGCCGCAGUGACCCAGUCACCCUGAAUCUCCUCCCGGAGCUGCCCAAGCCCUACAUCACCAGCAACAACUUCAACCCCAUGGAGAAUAAGAAUGUUGUAGUCUUAACCUGUGAACCUAAGACUCAGAACUAUACCUAUGUGUGGUGGGUAAAUGAUCAGAGCCUCCCGGUCAGUUCCAGGCUAAAGCAACCCGGUGAAAACAGGAUCCUCAUUCUAGCCAAUGUCACAAGAAAUGACACAGGACCCUAUGAAUGUGAAAUACGGGACCGAUUUGGUAGCAUCUUCAGUGACCCAGUCACCCUGGAUGUUCUCUAUGGUCCAGACGUCCCCAGGAUUUUCCCUUCGUGCACCUAUUACCAUUCAGGAGAAAACCUCACCUUGUACUGCUUCGCGGACUCUAACCCACCGGCAGAGUAUACUUGGACGAUUGAUGGGAAGCUUCAGCAAUCAGGACAUAAGCUCUCUAUCCUCCAAAUUACUACAGAGCAUAGCGGGCUCUAUGGUUGCUCUGCUCGUAACUCAGUCACUGGCAGGGAAAUUUCCACAUUCAAGAAAAUCAAAGUCUCUGCUCCUUCAGUAAGAGGGCGUAUUUCUGGCCUUAAUCCGAUAUAGCAGCCGUGAUGUCAUUUCUGUAUUUCAGGAAGACUGGCAGAUGGAGUUGCUCACUUGUUGCCCAUGCUGGAGUGCAAUGGCACAAUCUUGGCUCACCACAACCUCUGCCUCCGGUGUUCAAGUGAUUCUCUUGCUUCAGCCUCCCUGGUAGCUGGGAUUAUAGGCAUGCACCACCACACCUGGCUAAUAUUGUAUUUUUAGUAGAGACGGGGUUUCUCCAUGUUGGACAGGCUGGUCUUGAACUCCCGAUCUCAGCAUGCCUUGGCUUCCCAAGGUGCUGGGAUUACAGGCAUGAGCCACUGCACCUGGCCCACACAUUUUUACAUAACAAGAGAUCCUUUAGUCCACCCAAAAGCUGACGUUAGCUACAUCUUUAACACAACUUUUUCCUCAAAUAUAAGAGUUUUUUUUAGGCUUCCACUUCUAUACUUGGCUAUUCUUCUCACGCCCUGUUUUAAUUUAACAUAGACAUGCAAUGCUAGAAAAUAGAAUUGCUCUCUACCAGCUUAACAAGGAGGAGCCUGUGCAGUUUCUGACACUUCUUUUGGCACAUGGAUAAAUACCUCGGGUAUUAUACUCAGUUGUAAAA